UGGAUCUCUCGAAUUAAUUGGAAGAAAACUGUGUAGUUGUUGCGCAGAUAAAUGUUUCACUCUUAAUUUGACAACAAUGUCUUCAGUUGAGUAUUUGAGAGAGUUUGUCAGUGAGAGACUAACUGCUGCUGCGGAAGAAAUAUUCGGAGUUUUUAAGAAAACCAUCGUCGAGUACGAAGAAGAGCUCGAGCGUCAGCGCAGACUGCUGGAUUUGGUACAAAAUGAGCUGCACAGGACAGAGCUCCCACAGCAACAUGUCUGUAAGGAGGAGAGGGAGGAUCUCACAAACCAGCAGCUCUGUAUUCAGGAGAGGAGCUCCAGUCUGGACCAGGAGGAGCCAAAGCCUCCUCAGAUUAAAGAGGAGCAGGAGGAGCUCUGCUGCAGUCAGCGGGGAGAGCAGCUCGUACUGAAGCAGGAGGAGGAUGAUUUUAUGUUGACUCCUACUAAUGAGAGAAGAGACCACAGUGAAGAUCAGACUUUGAACUUUAAUCCAGAUGACACUCCAACUGCAGCAGAGACAGAGUCUGUAGACAACAUACCAGUUAUAACCUAUGUGAUACUAGAUGGAAACCGGGACCACCAGCUGCUCUCUGACAGCUCUCAUGUAGCUGAGAGCAAAAAUCAGGAAGAAGGCGAGUGUGGAGACUCAGGGUCAAACUCUUUCAACUGUGACAUUUGUGGGAAAGCUUUCAUGUUUAAGUCCCACUUGUUUAUCCACUAUAGAGCCCACACAGGAGCUAAGCUGUUUUCUUGCAAAAUAUGUGGAAAAGAUUUCCAGUAUAAUAGUGGCUUGCAGGCCCACAUGCGAGUCCACACAGGCGAGAAGCCGUAUUCUUGUGAAAAAUGUGGCAAAGCUUUCCAAUAUAGUUGUGACUUGACAGUCCACAAGAGAACCCACACACGAGAGAAGCCGUACCUUUGCAACACCUGCGGGAAAGGAUUUUGUGACAUGUCCUCACUGACGAGGCACACGAGAAUCCACACGGGCGAGAAGCCGUACGUCUGCAACAACUGCGGGAAAAGAUUCAGCGACACAUCGGUCCUGAAAAGGCACAGUACAAUCCACACAGGUGAAAAGCCGUUUGUUUGCACAACGUGUGGGAAAGCUUUCGGACUGAAAGGCCACCUUAAAACCCACCUGAAAACCCACACCCGUGAGAGGUCGCAAGGCCUGCAAGAAAAGAUACUUUGUAUGUCUCAAUUUUAGGGGCUGAGCAGUAUACAUGAUACACACCGUUACCGUGAUAUGAGACCACAUUCUGUGUGAGAUUUUGGAUAUCAUCAUAUCAUGAUAUAUAACAAGUGUUGUCUUUUCCUAAAUUUAAAAGCUGCAGUAAAGUGGUGUGAUUUUCUAAACUUCUCAGACUGUUGUUCUUGUUCUUAUACUUGCGUUCACCCACUGAAGUCAUUAAAUCCACAUUACUGAUGAUAAUCAAAAAUCUCAUUGUGUUAAUAUUUUGUCAAAGUACAAAUCGUCAUCCUUAAAAUAUUGUCACAGUGUAAAUAUCUACAUAUUUCAGAAUAUUGUGACAUUUGAUUUUGUUGCCCAGCCCAGCAUUUAUUAAGCUUUUGAGGAGAUUGAAAAUAUUGUGAUAUAUACCGUGUAACGUGAUAUGGCUCAAAAAUAUUGUGAUAAUAUUUCAAGGCCAUACCGCUCAGCCCCACUCAAUUGUCACGGCUUUUAAGAUCUCAUACAGGUGAGAGAAACCUGGAGUUUCUAAAAAAUAGUUCUUUGAAACAAUCUUCUAGAUUUUUGACAAAAAAAUCUUCUUUGCACAGUGAACGUAUAAUUCAUUAGUCAUUAAUUAAAGGCUAAUUUAUUUUCUCUGAGUUUGUUGUUGACAAAAUGUAGCUCUAAUUAGGGGUGGGGAUUGUUCAUUUUUAUUGAUAUGAUACCAUCAUAAAAACUCCUUAAAGACAUAAAGAGUCUUUAUCAAUACGACUCUUGAUACUUUUCUAUUAUUUGGUGGAAAGGCGAGGCGACAAUAUGUUUCAAACUGAAUUGUUUUUGCUUUUAUUUUAGUUCUUUUAUUUUUCGGGAAAAAAAAAUUCUCACCCAAGGUUGCCUUUAAAUCAGCUAUAACUAUGAACCUUGAACAAUAAAUAAAAAGGAAAAAAAAAACUG